UGAUGGGGUGUAAUGUGAUAUGGAGGGGGCGGAGCUCUACAUUACCCGAGUGAGGCUGAGCUUCGGGCUCUGCAGUUCUUUCGCAGCGCCUGAGGAGGAAGAGCAGGAUCAGCUGAACUACAGAAGAAUAAACAACCAGGAUAUUUAAUAAAGAACAGUGUUAAACUGCUGAAAGAGGUGAAGCACAAGCCAUCCAGAAGAAUCUCCUGAAAACGCAGAAAUUGUUUGCUACAUUUCACAGACAGAUGGAGCCAAGUCCCAACAUGGAGAAACAUCAGCACUCUGUCAAGAGUUUUACUAAACAGAGUGAUCUCAAAAAACACCAGCACAUUCACACAGGAGAGAAACCGUAUUACUGCUCAGACUGUGGGAAGAGUUUUACUAAACAGAGUCAUCUCAAAAGACACCAGCGCAUUCACACAGGAGAGAAACCGUAUUACUGCUCCGAUUGUGGUAAGAGUUUUACUACACAGUGUAAUCUCAAAAUACACCAACGCAUUCACACAGGAGAGAAACCGUAUCACUGCUCAGACUGUGGGAAGAGUUUUAAUCAACAGAGUACUCUCAAACUGCACCAGCGCAUUCACACAGGAGAGAAACCGUAUCACUGUUCAGACUGUGGAAAGAGUUUUACUGAACAGAGUACUCUCAAACUGCACCAGCGCAUUCACACAGGAGAGAAACCGUAUCACUGUUUCGACUGUGGGAAGAGUUUUAAUCAACAGAGUAAUCUCAAAAAACACCAGCGCAUUCACACAGGAGAGAAACCGUAUCACUGCUCAGACUGUGGGAAGAGUUUUACUAGACAGAGUGAUCUCAAAAAUCACCAGCGCAUUCACACAGGAGAGAAACCGUAUCACUGCUCAGACUGUGGGAAGAGUUUUACUAGACAGAGUGAUCUCAAAAAACACCAGCGCAUUCACACAGGAGAGAAACCGUAUCACUGCUCAGACUGUGGGAAGAGUUUUACUAAACAGAGUCAUCUCAAAAAACACCAGCGCAUUCACACAGGAGAGAAACCGUAUCACUGUUCAGACUGUGGAAAGAGUUUUACUCAACAGAGUAAUCUCAAACUGCACCAGCGCAUUCACACAGGAGAGAAACCGUAUCACUGUUCAGACUGUGGGAAGAGUUUUACUUUACAGAGUGAACUUAUAUUACAUCAGUGCAUUCACAAGAGAUAGAAAAGUAUCCCAAAUCUGUUCCUCUGCCAUAAAAAAUGCAAACCUUAAAUCUUUCAGACAGCCAAAAACACCUCAUCAUGCACAAAAUCUUCACUCUGUUACAAGACCUUCAUUUAAAAAUGGCUUUUUACAGGUUCAGAAAAAUGAAUCUUAUCCAGAGAUGAUGUUUACUGAAUUUCAUGCUGUGUUUUUAUGUAUGUUUGUAUACCUACAUUAGUUAAUGCCUGCAGAGCUCUUCAACACUUAGUGUUGUGUUUUAAGAAGUUUUUACACACAGAAUCAUAAAUGGUACCACUAACAGCAUAAACUAGGAACAUACAUUUUUACCAUUUUUUCAGUGAUAUGCUGAAUAAAUAGUAAAGCGAUGAUGCUAGCUCAGAGUAAAAUCGUAUAUUAAAUCCCAGCAUUAGCUUUAGAACUAAUAAUAAACAAAAGUGAGGAUUUUAUCAUUCUGGGACAUUUUUAGGUUUAAAAAUUGAAUAUGCUUUGCCAUAAGUAGGAAAUUAUCAUUUGGUCAACUUAUGUCAUUUACAGCCUUAACACAUUCUCAAUUGUUUACAUAUAAAAACUUUCUUUAUUUUUUCCUCCACUCCACGUUUGUAGUUUGUAGUUGGAGCGAGGGCACUGCCAGUGUUUGCUCCAGAUGUUAGAUUAGCAUUACUUAGUCUUUUAAAAUUUAGAUGUCGUAGUUUAAAGGAGUAGAGUAUUCUUAGGAGUAGAGAAUAUUCUUAGCUUGCAACAAAAGGCCAACAAAAUCCUUUUCAGAGUAAAAAAAAAAAACGGUCUAGCUGUAGUUUCCAUACUGAAAGCAACACUCAGCAGGCUAUGCAGCAGUAAGACUGCAGGAUCCUUGAUUCCCUCUACUGCACAUGUGUCAAACACAAGGCCCGCGGGCCAAAUGUGGCCACAUCCAAGCGAGAGCUUGUAAGAUCUUAGUGUCUAUAAUAAAUAGGUCAGAAGCGUUCUUUGACCAAAAACUACAUUUCCCACAAUGCUUGUCGAUUGUAUUACCCGCGAAGUUACGGCUUACUGCCACUACACGACAGUGUAGUCAUUGAUGUGGAAACCCUGCCGGAGGGAAGGCGUAACUUCGUGGGUGGAAUUGAGACAUACAAACGUUUAUCCCAUAAUGUCCAGAAAAAGAGAAGCUGAUGCAGACGGACGGCUGUGCUUCAAGGCGAAAGACCGGUAUGCCUUUUGUGUUACGAAGAGUGUUACUGAUCAAAAUAAACGCUUGUUAGGAGAGAUAUAAGUUUUGUGUAAAUAUUUAAAGUUUUAAUGACGUUAAUAAACAUCACUGUGACAGCGCUAGUCACAGUUUCACCGCAGCAAAGGAGGAGCACGUGAAUCACUUAUCUAACCAGCCUGUACUGAUUUCUGCCCCCAAUAACCCUUUCAAUAACCUCCAAUAGCCUUUAAUAGUCUUCAGUAGCCUUCAACAGUCUAACCUUGCAGCCGUGGUGUGUUCUAAACUCCGUAGUUAUAAACAUCCUGAGGUUAGCAGCGCGCUAACUGACCUGUUUAUAAUGUAAUCCGAGCAGUGACGCCGUGAUGGCUGCUCUAAACUGCUGCUGUUAGCUGCUUGGGCUGAAAGAUGAACUGUAGAGAGCUGUAUUAUUCGGUUAGUGGGGUUAAAAUCUUUAUUUUCUACACAGAAGAAUUUUAAAAACUGUAAAAAUGCUCGUAUAACUUGUAUUUAAUGUCAUUUCUAUUCACUUGAAUAGUUUGGUUCUUGAUUGAUGGAGUUUUUGGAUUUCAUAACAUGACAAAUUAAAAGGAUUUAUUUUAAUAGAGCAACAAGCAAACAUUUUUUCCAUGCAACUGUAAUAUUUGAUUGAAUAAAUAGUAUAUUGAGAGUUAUUUAACAUUAAGGAGUAAUUACAUUCAUUUUAUAUUACAUUUGGUUACAUUUUAUUACAUUUAUAAGUUCCAUCUGGCCCUCAGAGGACAGCCAAUAUGCCAAUGUGGCCCUCGGCCAAAAUGAGUUUGACACCCCUGCUCUACUGGUUUUCUCAUUGGUCUAUGGUUCAGUCAGUCUGAUUAAAAAUCUGCAAGUUAAUCUACAGGGAUAUUUGGUUGUGUUGUGUUGCUAAAGUUAUAUACUCUGUUAUCUUUUCCUUAUUUGGUAUCGUUUUGCUAAAGGUUUUUUUUUAUAUCUCUAAAGGUACUAAAAAUAUCUAAUCCAUUUACUUUAUUGAUUGUUUUAUCCAGUACCAGCUAUUAUCGUUGUUUUACAUCACCUUAUGUAUUUACUCAUAUUCAUAUCUAUGUGAUUCAAUAAAAGGCUUUUAUAUUGCAAGAUCUGCAAUCUUAUCUAUUCUUUCAACUUAAGCAUUUAGCCAAAAGCUUUUGUACACAGACAAACAUACAUUCAAGCAACCACUAUAUACAGUGCCUUGCAAAAGUAUUCGGCCCCCCCUUGAACUUUUCAAACUUUUGCCACAUUUUGGGCUUCAAACAUAUAUGAUUUUUUUGUUUGUUUUUUUGUGAAGAAUUAACAAGUGUGUAAGAAAACGGAGGAGUUUUGCCUUACUAUGUUCAUUGUUCAUUGAUUAAAGGGUUAAUCUGUGUGUAACUAAAUCAGCAUUUCACUUAAUCAGUAUGUUAUUCAAGCAUUUAGCACGAUUCAUGAUGAUUCACAUUGUGACUUAGAAUGUAUGUAUAUUGUGUCCUUGUGCUCAAAGCAAGGCCGUUUUUCUUGCAACUUAGCAUGAUUGAUUUUUUCCAGCAGAACCAUGAGUUUCUGUACAUGUAAUCUAUAGUCUGAUAAGGUUGGGGUGACCGAGUUCUCGGCUGACGUAUAGGAUGAAUAACUGCUUAUCAGUAUCAGGAUCCGGGGGGUGUGAGGAGCCUCCUCACACACUAUUAGACUGAGGCCAGGCGAAUGCCUGUUUUUAUUAGACUCUGUCUAGGAAGAAGAGUAGAGUUGGGCGGGAGAGCUUCUCCCGAGAGGGACUACAGAGCCACAGGUCCUGUUCACACAGCCGAGAACUCUGGAAACCCCAACUUUUCUCACCUUUGGGGUUUUCCUCUUAUUUUCACCUUUUUAUUUCAAUUCAUUUUUCAAUAAUCUUUUUACUCAAUUUUUGAUGUAUCCAAAAAACUGUUUUGCUCAGAAGAUUCUUUGAAUAAAAUCUGACGGAACUACAA